AUGGAAGGGCAGACAAUCUCUUGGGUCUGGAUAUAUGUAAACAGUACGGAACAACUGAACACUUCAUAUCCAUACAAUGCUACAGACUUAAGCGAAAACUCAGACAAAUACCAGUCAUACAUCGUUGGUCUCUUCCUUUCCUGCCUGUAUACCAUCCUCCUUUUUCCUAUUGGAUUUAUUGGUAACAUCUUAAUCCUGGUGGUGAACCUGAACCACAGAGAGAAGAUGACCAUCCCCGAUCUUUACUUUGUUAACCUGGCUGUAGCUGACCUCAUCCUGGUGGCAGAUUCCCUCAUUGAGGUCUUUAAUCUGAAUGAAAAGUAUUACGACUACGCCGUCCUCUGCACCUUCAUGUCACUUUUCCUGCAGGUCAAUAUGUACAGCAGCAUCUUUUUUCUCACGUGGAUGAGCUUUGACAGGUACAUCGCCUUGGCUAGCUCCAUGAGCAGCAACCCACUGAGGACUAUGCAGCACGCCAAGCUCAGCUGUGGCCUCAUUUGGAUGGCCUCCAUCCUGGCCACGCUUCUCCCCUUCACCAUUGUGCAGACCCAGCACAGAGGUGAGGUGCACUUCUGUUUCGCCAAUGUCUUUGAGAUUCAGUGGCUGGAGGUAACCAUUGGCUUUUUGGUGCCCUUCUCCAUCAUUGGUCUAUGCUACUCUCUGAUUGGGCGAAUUCUCAUGAGGGCCCAGAAGCACCGUGGACUGUGGCCACGGCGGCAGAAGGCCCUGCGCAUGAUUGUGGUGGUGGUUCUGGUAUUCUUCAUCUGCUGGCUGCCAGAGAACGUCUUCAUCAGCAUUCAGCUACUGCAGGGCACAGCUGACCCAUCGCAGAGGACUGCUACCACCCUGUGGCACGACUACCCGCUCACAGGCCACAUUGUUAAUCUGGCAGCUUUCUCCAACAGCUGCCUCAACCCCAUUAUCUACAGCUUUCUAGGAGAGACCUUCAGGGACAAGCUGCGUCUCUUCAUUAAGCAGAAGGCCAGCUGGUCGGCCGUGAACCGCUUUUGCCACCAUGGUCUUGAUUUACACCUCCCUGUCAGGGGUGAGGUGUCAGAGGUGUGA